AUGGAGAUGGACUCGAAUAACCUAGGUGUUAUCGUCAUUGGCGCAGGUUUCUCAGACAUCCUCGCCGUGUGCAAGCUGCGCCUGCUAGGGUUUCGAGACGCGCUGACGGUUCCGGCCGAGGAGCGGGAUCAAUUCUACCGGAAGCGGUAUCUCGCGGGAGGCUGGGCCUUCUGGAUGGCGGGCUUCCGAGACUUGCGCCGAGACCCCCGAGCCAAUGGGGAUGCGUACGCCUUUUGGGCCGCGCAGACGCGGGCCAGGAUUAGCUGCACAAUCAAGCGAGAGCUGCUGGUCAGGCGACCCUGCCUUGAAGAGGACCUCUACGAGGUCAUAGAUCAGCCCCAGCUGGACAUUGUCGACAUUAUCGAGAAACCCAUCGAGGUCAUCACUGAGACGGGCAUCUGCGCGCACGGAAAGACGAUCAAAUUUGACGUAAUUAUUUCAGCCGCGGGAUUCGGCGACGAGGCCAGCGGGCUCAAGCGCCUUAACAUCCGAGGUCGGAAUGGCACUCGCCUCGUAGAAGCUUGGUCCGAAGAUGUCCAGUCGCAUCUCGGAAUCGCCAUCCACCAAUUCCCCAACUUGUUCUUCCUCUACGGGCCCUAG